AUGGCCAGCAGCUCGAGGUCUGCGUCGGCGCUGUCGUCAGCACAGACGGAGCUGCUGGCGUUGCUGCGCAGAGCAUCGGCCUCUGCUGCCGCCGCACGUGCUGCAGCCGCCGCUGCUUCUGCCUCCACCUCCGCUCUAGCUGCAGCCAGCUCCGCUGCUGCCAGCCUCGACGCCCUUGCCGCUGCAGCAGCGGUCUCUGCUGCUGCCCGCUCGCGCUCCUCCGCUGCAGCGAAUUCGGCCUCAUGCUGGCGCCGGCCGUUCGAGGCGACCGAGUGCCGAGAGUGUCCUGCGGACAUGGCGCGCUGCUGGGGGGUUGCUGCUGCUGCUGCGUGGAGUGGAUCCUCCAUCAGACAAGCUACUGCUUGUCCGUACAGAGGAAGGGGGUUGAGCAGGAGCAGCCGGAACCGCUGCUGCUGCCACUUCUACUACGGGCAGGGGCUGCUGCGAGGCUAUGGAAGGGGAUGA